ACUAACCUUAAAUGUUUGACACUUGAACAUACGUAGUUUAUGUUCCUCUACGAAAUGUAUAACACAAUAAUAAAAGAUUAACAAUAAUAUUAGUGAUAAUGGCGUACGAUUUCAAAUCGGAGAGUGAAGUGAAAGAUUACGUGAAUAAUCUAGGCAUAGAAUAUCGAUUCGGGUGUUACAGUGAGAAGAAACCUGAAGUGUGCCACCUACUUGGAGACUUCCUGGAAGCAAUAAAAAAGGAUUUCGACAAGGCUGGGAAACUCUACAAGAACAACUGUGAUGAAUAUCGCUACGGGAAGUCUUGUUACAAAUUCGCUACUUAUUGUUUGAUGGGUAAAGGUGGGCAGAAGGAAGAUUUCCAAUCAGGUUUUAAAUACAUGAGUAUUGCAUGUGAGGAGGGUGAAAGUGAAGGCUGUUUCAAUCAGGGACUAGUACUAAUUACAAAUAAUGAAUCUAAGGGUGUGCAGAUGGAUAUACCUAAGGGAAUGGAUUUGUUAAGAAAGGCUUGUGAGGCAAAAAACGCGAAUGCAUGUUAUUACCUCUCAGGAAUGUACAUUUCCGGCAUGAGAAACCCGAAAGAUCCGAAGAAAAAGGAGUUUAUUUCGAAACCAGACAUGCAAAUGGCGUAUAAUUAUGCGAAGGAAGGCUGCCAUCUUGGAAAUAUUUACAGUUGUGCUAAUUUAAGUCAGAUGUAUGCAAAGGGUGAAGGUGUGGAAAAGAAUAAGGAAUUAGCUGACAAGUACAAAAAGGUCACUCGAGACAUGCAGGCUGAGAUGGAGAGUAAUAAAACGUUGACGUUUCAAGAAGGACUUAAAUAGUUAUGAAUUAUUUGUUAUAAAAGUUAAUAAAUAUUAGAAAGUUUA